AUGGCUAGAAGAAAUGAUCGCAUACGACAAGUGAUGCAUAACGAGAAAAGUUGUUGUGAUGUACAGUUGCUUCAAAUGAUUAUUUAUUUCUUCAGCUUUCUCUUUUAUAUCAGUUCUGUAGCAUUUAUCGGGCUAACCAUAUGGAAUUAUACCAUGAAAUAUACAAUGAUUGCUCCGUUACUGUAUAGCAGCAGGUACCUGCAGAGCAUCAUUCUAUGCUUCGUUGUUGGCUUAGCCGCAUUUGUUGUAGCUUCGUCAGGUUGUUGGGCUAUUUCAAAAAGAAAACAGUUACUGUUGUUACUGUUUUCUGUUUUGAUAUUAUUCACACUGUUGAUGGCAUUAGCGCUAUGUAUUAUGACGUAUGCUUACAUUGAGUACCUUGAGAAUAAUCUUGGAACAACUUUACUUAUGUCAAUUAUUCGUGAUCACUCUGAGCGCAGUGAUAUUUCUCAAGCACUCCAGCACUUACAUCAGCAGGGUCGCUGUUGUGGUUCUCAGUCUUUCGAGGAUUGGCGUGAUUCCGUUUGGUGGCAAAAAGUAAAUAGCGUAGCUGAGCUCAAACAGCGUUCUUUUGAUUUGGCUGUACCGGAUUUUUGCUGCCGCUCAGAGAAAUCGAACUGUGGACGUCGGGAUCAUCCCUCUAACAUUUAUUAUAAUGGUUGUCUGGAUUAUUUGAAAAAAGUGAUGAAGGAACAGCUGCUAAUCAUAUGUGGUGCUGCAUUUGCACUUGCAGUUGUGCAGAUAUUUUGCAUGGGUUUUACUGUAUGUUUGUAUACGAAAUGGCAUGAAUUUUUGAAGUUUCGACUUGUAAGGUCUAACAGCAGAGAAAGGGACGACAUGACUAUCAUGUAUUCUUCAUAA